AUGAGCUUAGCUAAAAUACAAACAUCAAAACAGACGGUUUUUACCAGUUGCCGGGCUCCGGCUAAGUUUGCCGGGCGGCGCCGCGCGGGGCCGCUGUACCUUCUCCCCGCAGCCGGGCGCCGCGGCCUCCUUCCCGCCUCCCGCUCCCGCAGCCCCGCCGCGCGCCCUCCCGGGCUCGCCCGGCCGCCGCCCCCUCCCCCCCGCGCUCCCACGUGCUGGUCCCCUCCGCGCGCCGGGCACCGCCGCCAGGCCGCUAAGGAUGCGCCGGGCCGUUCUCCCACGCCCCCGGCGCCGCGCCGGGCCUCGCGGGCCUCGCCGGCUCCCGGCCUCCCCGGCCUCGCCGACCCGUCCUUACCGGCGGGCGCGGGGCGAAGGGUGGCGCGGGCCGGCGCCUCGGGCGGAGGAUGCCCCGCGCGGGGACCCGCGAUCCUGGACGCCCAGGCCGCGGGACCCGCGCCGCGGACGGACGGCAGAGGGGGAGGGGAGGCCGCGGGCGGAGACGCGCGGGACCGGGGAGCGGAUCCUCCGAUCAGUUCAUCUCCGGGCGCCGAGGCCGAGCGGGAAGUACCGAGGGCGCCUCCUCCGUCCGCGCUCCCGCCCCGCCGCUUAUCGGCCGCCGGCAGCCGCCAUGACGCCAAGACCGCGAUCGAGCGCAACCGUCUCCGCCGCGCGGCGCCGCCGAGGUCGCUGUCGCCUCCGCCUCCCGAGCGACGUCACCGCCUCGGCUCACUCCCCUUCCCGGCGCGCGGCGGCGGCGGCGGCGGCGCGCACGCCCGGCCUUUCUGCCGACGCGCGAGCGCGGGGCGGGGUGGGGCGGGGCGGUGGCGCACGCCCCUCGGGGAAGCCACUCGGUCAGGCCUUCGCGCUCCUAAUCUGCGCGACCUCUGGCGUUCGCCUGGGGCUCCCGGAGAUGGGCGCUCCGAUCACGACACCGAUGCUCACGGAUCCGGAGCGGAGGCCGAGGACAGCCUGCGGUGGGGGCCGGCGGCGCGCGCCGGGUGUCCGGAGUCCGACCGGAGCUGCUGCGUCACCAGGGCAGCUAGGGAACUAUUGGGCAACCUUGUCGCCUCCCGCUGCGAUCCGUGCCUGGGCGACCUGCGGCUAAGUCUCCUCCCGGGCGGGGCUCUAGUGAAAGAGAGAAAAUAGAGUUCGGGCUGCUGACAUCCCUUGACGCCACUUGAUUCGUGUGUGGGUGGCCCGUGCCUGGUUCAUAAAAGAACUUUUACAACAGUGCCUGCCUAGAUCCCUCCCUGGAGAGCGGGUGGAAGGGUGCCGGGCCGAAUUGGAACAAGCAAGGCUACUGGAGGGGCGUUGGUCACUGGAUCUAAGGUGCUGCAGCUUAGUUGACAGUUUCUGUCAUUACUGCAUCCGCAGGCCUCAGUAUGUCGGAAGCAGGAUCUCUUCAAGCAUGGUGAUGUAGCAAUCUAUGUUCGGUUUUCAAUUUUGUUUUUAUUAUACUUUUUGGCUUUGAAAGGGCGUUUUAUUAUGUAGCCCAGGGUGGCCUCAGGGUGAUCCUUCGAAGUUUUGGCACUACAGGCAGGCGUGUGCCACCACCACAAGGCUGACUGCUUUUGAACUUUGUUUGUUUACUUGGUUUUAAAUCAAAAUUCUUUCUGAUUUCAUUAUCCAGCCUGCAAAUAGAAAGAUCCUUUAAAGACAGUAUACAAACCCAGGCUGGUCUUCCACUACUCCAUCUACCUGCCUCAGCCCCCAGAGUGCUGGUAAUGCGAUUGCCGGUGUACCCACCUUGUGGGGCUAACUUUUUAAAACUUUUCAACUUAUUUGAAGUUGCAUUUUCUGUAGAGGCCCCUCCUUCGAAGUCAAAUGAGUUUGACGGCCAUAGUAUUCCCCAAAUGAUUCUUAAGCUGUUUGGGAAAUUUCUAGUAAAAAUUUAAACUUUGAAGUUUUAUGUUUUGAAUAAAAUUAUAAUACACUUCAGUGCUCUGUAAAAUCUUAGAAUGACUUGAGACUAUAGAGAAAUACAAUGUAUAAAAAGAAUUGCAACAA